AGUAUCCAUGCGACACGGCGGAAUACUACAGUGAUGUAAAUCGGAAGUAGGGCGAAGCGGGAUUGUGACGAAUGGUAGAGUUUGGUUUUUUAGUGACAAGAGAAGAGUAUAUAUUAUAGAAUAUUUUUUGUUUCACGAUAAAUUAAUUGAAAAACACUAAGAUGUCGGGGAGCGCGGGGGAGUGGUGUCUCAUGGAAAGCGACCCGGGCGUUUUCACAGAGCUGAUAAAAGGUUUUGGGUGCAAAGGAGUCCAGGUGGAGGAAAUAUGGAGUAUGGACCCGGAGAACUUUGAAAACCUUAAACCGGUUCAUGGACUGAUUUUUCUGUUUAAGUGGCAGCCUGGUGAAGAGCCUGCUGGUUCAGUUGUUCAGGAUUCAAGAUUGGAUCACAUCUUUUUUGCCAAGCAGGUUAUUAACAACGCUUGUGCAACUCAAGCAAUCAUCAGUGUGUUAUUGAACUGUUUGCAUGCUGACCUUCAUCUUGGAGAGACAUUGACAGAGUUCAGGGAAUUCUCGCAAAGCUUUGAUGCGGCUAUGAAAGGUUUGGCCUUAAGCAACUCUGAAGUGAUUCGACAAGUUCAUAACAGCUUUGCCAGACAGCAGAUGUUUGAAUUUGAUUCCAAGUCAUCUGCAAAGGAUGAGGAUGCGUUUCACUUUGUGAGCUAUGUUCCAGUCAAUGGUAGACUGUAUGAGCUGGAUGGGCUCCGUGAAGGACCAAUUGAUCUUGGGGCCUGUAGCCAAGAUGACUGGAUAAGUGCCGUUCGCCCAGUGAUUGAGAAAAGGAUACAGAAGUACAGCGAAGGAGAAAUCCGCUUUAACUUGAUGGCAAUAGUGUCUGAGAGGAAGCUGAUUUACGAACGCAGAAUUGCUGAGCUACAAGCUCAACUUGCAGAAGAAGAGCCUAUGGACACAGACCAUAGUAACAAUCUGCUCACAGCAGUUCAGUCUGAAAUCGCCAAGUACCAACUCCUGAUUGAAGAAGAAAAUCAGAAACUCAAAAGAUAUAAAAUUGAAAACAUCAGAAGAAAACACAACUACCUUCCUUUUAUUAUGGAACUGCUGAAGACACUGGCUGAGUAUCAGCAGUUAAUACCAUUAGUGGAAAAGGCGAAAGAAAAGCAAAGUGCCAAAAAAGUACAGGAAGCCAAGUGACCGUGAUUUUUGUGUGAGCAGCCACGGAUAUGUUACUAAAUGGACUAUCAUGUAUUUAAGGUGCAACACAAAGCAUGCAAGAAAUGCAAGCAAGAUAUGUUUGAAUAAAUGGUUGUAUUUUCACAUGAAAUAUUUAGAUGUUCAUAUUUGCUGUGAUUUAUUUAAGCUGAGAGAUACUAAGGUUGCUCUGCAGUUAUUUCUAACAGCUAUUUUUUUAAAGAUCCGUUUAAAUUAGUGUAUCACCAGCAGAUUCCCCCAUCAUUUGCCGUAUUUAGUUUUUAGACUUGCAGGUUUUAUGGAAUCUGUAUAGAUUAACUUAAAAAAGGUUCAGCAAUGUAAUGUUGCUAAUUAGAAAUCAUGGUUAUUUUUCGUAUGUUUUCUAUAUUAUCCAACAGGUGGAUAUAGUGGUUAGUGUUAUUUUAAAUUGUGCUUCAAAUAACUUGAGAAUAAAUUUACUUUACAAGUAAAAUUACAAAUGAACAGUCUACAUAAACAAUGUGUUAAAUAGUAGUCUGCUAAAUGUGUACAACUCCAGUAAAUGGUUCUAUGCUGAUUUAUUCUACAGAGGUCUGAGAUUCAUAGUAUGUUCAGUAACAUUGGUAUAGUGUUAUAUAAAGUAGGUUAAUUACCACCCUCAUUUCAACUUCUUUAAAUAAAUAGGUAUGUGCAAAUUCCCAGAUUUAUUAUGGAAACAUCCUCAGAAGUAACUGUGUUGAUGGUACUACACAUUUUUCUGGUGAAAUGAACUAUUAAGGUGAAUAAAAAUGAGGUUACUUAAUAUUAAGAAGAAGGACAAUGAGUAAAGUUUGAGGAAGAGUUACGAAAUGGAUGAAAACAAUGACUUGUAUGCCUCAAUCAUGUCUGAUAUGGGAGUUCUCUGCUUCCCUUAUUUUUAUUUUUUGCAAAACCUGCUUUAGAAGUAUUUACCAUUGCUAUUCUCAUGCAUUUACAUCAAAGCAAGGAAAAGUCUUUGAAAAUAGGUAAGGUGUAAACAGUGCUAUGAAAUUUAAUCAAUUGCAAAGCUGGAGGUAGCAUAGUAGUGGAUAAAGAUAUACCUUUAUCCAAAAGUUUGCAGUUUCACUUCCCAGUUGUAGCCACAAGCACUUCUGUCUUAAAUUGGUGGUACAAUUGCAAGAUGUGCAAGUCACUUUUGUUAAACUACUGCUGCCGUGAUAUAACAAAAGCACUUUUAUUUCAUCCUUAAGUUUGCUGAUCUCAGUAGUUAUUGAAAUGGAUGUUUCGCAUGAAAAGCUUUGUUUCACCUUCAGUAAAGGGUACCCAGACAACUACGUUAUAGAGCAUUAUUCUAAUUAAACUGAAGGUAAAUACUUUAAUUUGAAGACACAGUAAUGGUAAACAAUAUAACAAUGUAGAUAUAUUUUCUGAUUUUAAAAAAAGCAUUCAUACUAAAUUGGAACUUUGAAAAUAAGUUCAUGACUAAAUGGAAUUUGGUUUGAUUUAAAGAAGGGGGUGUUAAGCAACAUGAACAAGCUGGUUGUUCCAAAGAACAUUUAUAUAUAUAUAGGCAGCCACAUGUGACUAAAUUUAUCCACCAUUUGCUAUGUAGUUACUAUAUAUGGAUUUCAUGAAUACAAAUGAACAAAGGGCCAUGCACUGAGAAGGAACCAGAUAAAAAACGUGUUAAGUUCAAAGUGCUAUAAUAUGCCAAAAUGAUGAAACUCAAAGAAACCUUAUUUGUCCAUUUGCCCGAAGUUGAUAAUUUUGCAUGGUCCUUAGUGAAGAAGCCACAACAAAUUGUGAUGGCUUGAGCUGCAUUUCUCCAUUUACAGUAAAUGUAGUAUUUACUCUUGCUAUUGCCCUUUUGGAAUUGCAUGUAAUGGUCAACACAAUGUUACUGUCAGAAACAAAAAUAUGAAGAGUUGUCACAGAAAUAAUAAAAACU